CGUACAUACAGGCACCCCGAUGCAGAGGGCCUGUCGCUGAUGGAGGUCAGAACAGAACACUGUCGUCAGGCCGCGGAAACAAUACAGACAGACAUCCAUACACAGACAGACAGACAGCGGAGAUGAUAAAUAUGCAUGCGGCUUUGUGAUAUGUACGGCUCCCGACCCCUCUUCCGUUCGCGUCGCUGAUCCGAGACGGUGUGUCGCUGGCUGGUUGGGGCCAGUUCUAACAGACCAUCUUCACCAGGGCGCGCGCACGAGAGGAGACGGCAGCGUGGCCAAGGCAGACACCAAUCAUACACACAAGAAGACAUGCAGGGAAUGCAUAUACGACGAUGAUGAAUAUAUGCACACCCUACAUGUCAUGGAAAGAAACACACCCAUUCCAUUCCGCCAGCCCACACCAGCACACACACCCACACCCACGCUGAGUGUUUCAUGGCCCCUGAUUUUAUGAGUGUUUCAGGGCGGCAAAAAUAUGAUGCACCCACCCCACCCCACCCCACCCAGCCCCGGACGCAGGCACACACCACACCCACCCAUCCCAUGCAGCAACAAACAGGCCAAAAAUGGUCGGUCACAGGAUCUCAACUAAGUCAUCUUACACCACAGAGACCACGGCACGUCAUACACUCACUCCCAGCAUUGUUGCAUUAAGCGCUAGUCGAAAACUGCCCACACACACCACACCCACUCAUAGCAUAUAUAGCACAGGACACACGUGCAGCCGUCCGCAUCGCCACUCAACUCAACGCCAAAAUCGGUACCGUACGCACCAGCAUAUGAUGUACACACGCAUCCACAGACAUGAACACGCACACGCACACACACGGCUACAGCUUUGCCUUCGUAGGUGCCUCCCCGCCUCUCCUUCCCCUCCUGUCGCCUUUGUUCUUCUUGUGCUUGGCUGACCUCCUGACAAGCUUGAGACCCCUCGCAGCGACGGCAGGGGGGAGACACUCGUCCUUGUAGUGGUCUGCCGGAUGGGAUGGGGGGCAUGCAUCACGGACACACACGAAGAACACUCUGAGAUAGAUGCGUGUUGUGUGCACGGGCUGUGUGUCGUUUGUUGCCGUCUUACCGAAGAGUUCCUGCAGUGCUGUGAGGUACUCGUUGAAUAUUCUCUCGACCUUCUCCUCACUCGGUGACGCGUCGGGCGGGCCCACCUCCACUGGGCGGCCGCUCCUGCACAGCACAUGCAUGGGCAGGCAGACAGAGAUGGGCGGCAAUCAUAUCAUAUGACUGUGUGUGUGUGAUGUGUGAUGUGAUGUGUGUGUUGACAACCGUCUUCCUUCCUACUUGAUAUAGACCUUGGCCUGAUGGAAAAGAAAACCGGGUAGCGGCAGCCAGGGCAGUCCAAAGCGGCCGAACGUCAACUGGAAAGGAAUCCCCAAGUGACGGUACGUCCACUUGGCCAACCACCUUGCAAUGCACACACACAGACAUACACGUUUAUCUAUCUAUCUCAUCAGUGAGUGAGUGAGUGGAUGGCGUUUGUUCCUUAGGUACCUGGACCAUUCGGUAGUUUGGAGCAGCUGGUUCUGGCCGAAGAAGUAGAUGGGGACCAGCGGCACGCCAUACUUGGCGGCCAGGCGUAUGAAGCCCAAGUUGUGUGGGAAGAAGGUCUGCUCUUGGUCGGCAUCAGUGCGGAUCUGCUCAUACACACCACCGGGGGCUAUCGCAAACGACUUGCCUGUCAGUGGGGUAUGGUGGGCAGUGAGCGCACAGACAGGAGUGAGCAGUGUGCUGGACUGACUGGGCCAUGACAUGGGUGGGACCUGUGCGUGAUUCAUUUAAGUGUCUGUCUGACCGGCCUUGAGGAGUCCAUCGAGGUUCUUUCUGUCGACGGACCGUGCACAGAGAAGGAGAAACCACUCCCGCAAAACUGGCAUGAAGAAGACGGGGUCGAACACGCCACAGAAGAAGUUGACCGGGUCGUUCUGAUGCAGACAACAACGACAGCGUGGUUCUGAGGGCGUUCAGUGAGGUGAGGGAUUUGUGCUGGUUGCUUACUUGUCGAGCGUGCCUGCCUCCCGCGUGGAGGACGCAGACCGGAUAGGCACCGUGCGGAUGAACAACUUCACACACACACACACACACACACACAAAAUUGCCCACAGUCCCGUCCCGCCUCCCUCCCUCUCUCUGUCUCUCCAAGGCUGACCCUCCCCUCCCAGCCAUCUAAUCAAUCUCACCAAGAAUGUAGCCCCUGCCCCUGUCCAGCGGCACGAGGUUGCCGAAGCCCAUCCAGGUGCAGCCCGCCGCCUUGAGUCCCCACCCCAUGGCAGCAGCAAUCGCAGCAGCUACCCACUGAGGCCCCCAGUGACCCUUCUUCACCGGACCGCGCCGUGUCCACCACAUCCAUCCGAUGUACACUGCGGCAAGCGUCAAGAAAAGCCGCUGACGGCCUGCACAAAGAAUAACGGCACAGCGGACAGUGCGGUGCGGUGUCUGCUGUGCAGCUAGCUGACGCAUGUGCACACGGCGCUCACGUGUGAGGCUUGGCCAUCGUAGCUUCGCCAAAUUCGCCUGCAGCUGUCUGGCGAGACGGUGGCGGAGGCGCUUCGGCAGCAGCUGGUCAGGAGUUGAUCUGGGCGAAUCGUCGUCCUGCUGAGCUGACUUGGCGUCAGGGAAGUCGCGGCACAGAGCAGCGAGGCGGUUGGAUGAGCCAGAGGUGGAAACAUCACUCCCGAGAAAGAAUGAAGACGGGCUUGACAGCGAUGAUUCGGUAUAUUCAGGGGCGUCCUCCCGCCUGUCUUGGUCCUCCAUCAGGCGCACACGAGCAGGCUGG